CCCCUAAUGAGAAAACGCCUCUCUAACUCUUGAAUCGUUGCACGGAACAAAAACUCAGGGCAAAAGGAAAAAAAGGGAAAAAAAAAGGAAGGAAAAACGAAACAGAAAAAUUCUACAGAUUCUUUUCUUUGUUCCUCCGCUGCGCUUCCCUUCCUUCCUUUUCAAUUCUCCAUUGCCAUAACUUGAAAUUCAAUCGAUUUCUGAAAUGGUUCUUGAAUUCUAGGGGGAGCGAAGUUUGCUUGAAGAUGAACAAUCACAGCAACAUUAGCAACAGCGUCAAUAACAAUACUACUUCUACUUCUCCCCAAGAUCUUGGAUUGCACUUCUUGGAAGUGGCUCGAUUGGGGCUGCCUCGGGGGAUAUGCGACAUGGACGAGGACGAGGAGUCUCCUACUGAGCUCAAUACCAUCAACAGUUCCGGAGGUUUCUUGUUGGUUACCACCGAUAAGCUCUCUGUCAAGUAUACGAAUGUGAACCUUCACGGCCACGAUGUUGGCGUCGUCCAAGCUAACAAGCCAGCUCCAGUUAAACGACUUGUCUACUACUUCGAGAUUCAUGUAAAGGACGCUGGGGCCAAAGGCCAGAUUGCCAUUGGCUUCACCACCGAAAGCUUCAAGAUGCGAAGGCAGCCUGGGUGGGAGCCUAAUAGCUGUGGAUAUCAUGGAGAUGACGGACUACUUUACCGUGGAUUAGGUAAGAAAGAACCUUUUGGUCCAACAUAUACAUCUGGUGAUACAGUUGGUGCUGGAAUUAAUUACGCCUCACAGGAAUUCUUUUUCACAAAAAAUGGGAUAGUAGUCGGAGCAGUAGAAAAGGACAUGAAGGGUCCCUUGUUCCCUACGAUUGCCGUUCACAGCCAAAACGAAGAGGUGCAAGUCAACUUUGGACAGAAACCAUUUGCGUUUGAUCUCAAGGUAUUUGAAGCACAAGAGAGGAUGAAGCGACAUGCCACCAUUGAGAAGUUAUCUUUGCCCUCAAAUGUCAGUUAUAGAAUAGUGCGCUCAUACUUGCAACAUUAUGGUUACGAGGAUACGCUCAGUGCAUUUGAUAUGGCUUGCAAAAGCACUGUUCCUCCUAUCUAUAUAGCUCAGGAAAAUGGCUUUGAUGAGCAAGAUGUCAUGUAUGCUCUAAACCAGAGAAAGACUUUAAGGCAGCUUAUCAGGAAGGGGGAGAUUGAUGCUGCACUUGGAAAGCUUAGUGAGUGGUUCCCGCAGAUUGUUCAGGAUGAAAAAUCAGCUACUUGCUUUCUCCUCCAUUGUCAAAAAUUCAUUGAAUUAGUCAGGGUUGGAGCGCUAGAGGAGGCUGUUAAAUAUGGAAGGAAUCAAUUGGGAAAGUUUUAUGGUGUGCCUGGGUUUCAGGAUCUAGUUCAGGACUCUGUUGCUUUGUUGGCAUAUGAACGACCUCAAGAGUCACCUGUUGGUUAUCUUCUGGAGGAUACACAGCGUGAAAUUGUAGCUGACACAGUGAAUGCUAUGGUCUUAUCGACUAAUCCAAAUGUGAAAAAUUUACAAGGUUGCUUGCAUCCGUAUCUCGAACAGUUAUUGAGGCAGCUGACUGCUUGCUGCUUGGUGAGAAGGUCUUUGAAUGGGGAUCAAGGUGAAGCUUUUCAACUGCACAGAGUGCUUAACAGCAUUGAAAAGUCUAAGUGCUAGUGCCUAGGACACAUCCUGAUCCUAUUAUAUGCCUCAUUUACGUUUUCCCCAUUGUGUUACUGUGCCUGGAAAUACUCUACCUAAUAGGGGUCCAGUAGUGUUUCAUUUCUUAGGAAAUUGGGGCUCUCUCUGUGUAUGCCUGUAAUCAUGUAAAUUCAGGAUUUUACUUUGUAUGAAUUUUAUGUCUGCUAUAAACUUGAUCAGGUUUAAUGAAAUUCUUAUAAUGCACAUUUACUGCA